GAGAGUGUGUCCUGUUUCGGGCUGGGAUUCUCCACCACUUCUCCACUGGAGAACACACAGCUGGACGUCCUGACCAGUGUCCUGCAGUGUCUCCUUGGUCUGAUCCCCCAGAACCCGGACUCACUUUUACACUUCGCUGUCAGGAAACACCAGAGAGAUAAUGACUUAGAAUCAGAAGAUUUGUUAUUUUGCAGAAUAUUAGAGCCUCUAAAAAUUCUGUGGAAUACCACGUCUUUUAUUCAAGGCUUCUUCUGGUGCCUAUGAAGACGAUGUCAAAAAUGCGGUUGCUUCCACUGUGCAUCCUCCUAGGUGCACUGUUUUUCAGCCACCUCCCAAAACUUGAUGCUCAGGACUCCCAAGAUUCAGCUGACCUUGUACUCUUAAUUGAUGGAUCAGAGAACGUUGGAGCUGCCAACUUCCCUCUCGUCCGUGAUUUGGCUCUGCGAGUGAUCGAGGGGCUCGAUGUGGGCAGGGACAUGAUCCGGGUAGCCCUGGUGCUCUAUGGUGCUGACCCAGAGAUAAAGUUCUAUCUCAAUAGCUAUGACAACAAAGCGGACAUCCGGAAUGUUGUGCAAGGGCUUAAAUUCCUGGGUGGAGACGAUUCUAAUCUGGGGGCAGCUUUGGAACAGGUUACCGAGAGUCUGUUGGGCCCUGAGGCAGGGGGCAGGGCAGAGGAAGGGGUGCCCCAGGCCUUGGUAAUUAUCAGCGCUGGGCAGUCCACUGAUGAUAUUAGUGAGGGAGAAAGGGCACUAAAGCAGGCCAAUGUGUUCACAUUUGGUGUUGCGGUGGGCGAGUCAGCUAGUGCCCAGCUGCAGGCUGUCGCAACUGAGAAAAGCUUUGUUCUGUCCGCCCCUGAUGUCAGAAUGGUGACAGGAAUGGGUGAUCAGCUGCUUCCGUAUAUUAAAGGGGUGGCCCAGCGCACCAUUGUGAUAGAGACUGAAUUCACAGCAGCCUUGGCCGUUUCAAAGAGGGACAUAAUAUUUCUUAUUGACAGCAGCAUGGGUUCCACCUCCAUCAAUGCAGUACGUGAAUUCAUCAGAAAAUUUAUUGACACAAUGCCAAUUGGGACUGAAGAAGUGCAGAUUGGCGUGGCUAUGUUUUCCAACACCCCAAGUGUUGAGAUUGAUCUCAAUUCAUUUGACUCAAAGAAAGGUCUAAUAUCAGCCCUUGGUCGAAUUAAACCUAAACCCUCACCUGAUGUCAACAUUGGUGCUGCUUUGGACUUUGUGAGGACCAAUAUGCUCACCUCUGGAAAAGGCAGUCGCAUUCAAGAAGCAGUGCCCCAGCUUGUAUUGCUGAUCACCAGCAAGAAGUCUAGAGACAGUGUCCAACAACCAGCUGAGGCCCUACAGCGUGUGGGUGUCCUAACCUUGGCUGUUGGAUCCAAGGCAGCUGAUGAAGCUGAACUCAAGCAGAUAGCUUUUGCGGAGAGCAUGGUCUUCAUGCUGAAGGACCUUCGGUUGUUAUUACGCAAUCCCAAACCGAUUGUAUCCCCACUCUCCACACUCUCAGGUAUUAUAACCCCAGAGGGACCUACUGAAUCAGAAAUUGAAAUAACAACUAUUCAGACCCAGCGAGUAGUCAGGGACUUUGUCUUCUUGGUCGAUGGAUCAGACUAUGUUGGAAAUGCAAACCUACCUUCUGUACGGGAAUUCAUGUCCGGUAUAGUCACCCGACUAGAUGUUCGUCCGGAGCGAGUGCGCAUUGGCCUGAUGCAGUUUGCUGACACACAGAAAACUGAAUUCUAUCUGAAUUCUCACACCACCAAACAAGAUGUGCUUACUAACAUAGCUCAGCUACGACUGAUGGGUGGAAACGUGGUGCGCACUGGAGCAGCACUUCAGUAUGCUAUCGCCAACCACUUCCAGGCUUCAGCUGGUUCUAGAAGAAAUCAGGGGGUCCAACAAGUACUGAUACUUAUUACUGGAGCUUCAUCUCAAGAUGAAGUCAAAAGAGUUGCAGACCAGGUAGCACUGGCUGGAGUCCUGACCUUUGCUGUCGGAGCUGGCCAGGUAGCAGAAAAUGAGUUGAGGACAGUCGCUUUUGUUCCAAAUCUGGCAUACUAUGAACAGAGCUUUACAGCCUUGCCAAGCCUUGUUGAACAAAUCCUGACACCCCUCACCACCGUUGUAGGCAAUCAUGAAACAGUUACUCCUACAGUCAUUUCGACGAGUGGCGGCGAGAGGGAUGUUGCCUUUUUAAUAGAUGGCUCUGAUGAUGUUAGACGAGACUUUGGUUACAUCCGUGACUUCAUAAUCAAGGUCAUUGAGCCCCUCGACGUUAGUUUUGAUAAAGUGCGGGUUGCUGUUGCCCAACACAGUGAUAGAGCAACCCCUAGUUUCUACCUAAACACCUACAAAACCAAAGAAGAAGUCUUGAGGGCCCUCAGGGGGCUCACUCCAGUUGGUGGCAGGAGUCUAAAUACUGGGAUUGCUUUAAAAUUUAUGAAAGACACCGUCUUAUCAUCAAACUACGGCAGCAGAGCAGCCCAAAAUGUCCCUCAGUUUUUAAUCGUUCUAACAGGAGGGAAAUCAAGGGAUAGCGUUAAAGAACCAGCUAAUGCCUUAAAGACUGAAGGAGUGGUGCCUUUUGGUGUUGGAGUGAAAAAUGCAGAUCCUAAGCAGAUUGAGGCCAUUUCUCACAAUCCAUCAUUUGCCUUCAACGUAAAGGAAUUCAGCCAGCUCAGCACAGUCCAGCAAAAGCUUAACAGCUAUGUGAGUCUACCGAAGGAACAACUGGACGUCGUCCUCAUGGAAGGGUCCCAGGGUCCCAAGAAGGAUGUUGUCUUCGUGAUCGAUGGUUCUGACGGUGUUGGAAGAGAGUUUCCCAUCAUCCAAGAGUUUGUUCGCAGAGUAGUGGAGAACUUAAACGUUGGCGAAAACCAGAUCCGCAUUGGCGUAGUGCAAUACGGAGACACUGCACGUCCAGAUAUAUACCUCAACUCCCACAACACCAAAGAGGGGGUUCUAAAUGCCAUCAAGGAAAUCAGACAGCUAAGAGGAAGACAGCGCAACCUGGGAGGAGCUCUGAAUUUGGUUGCUCGCGAGGUCCUAGAUCCGAGUCGGGGUGGCAGGAGACCGGAGGGUGUCCCGCAAUUCCUGGUAGUGAUUUCAGGAGGAAGAGCUUCAGACAAUGUCAAAACCCAAGCAGAUGCCCUGAAGAGGUCCGGAAUUGUGCCUUUUAGUAUUGGAACGAGGGAUGUUGACCAGCAAGAGCUGCAAGUGAUCUCCUAUGUUCCCAACUACGCCUACACCGUAGAUGACUUACCUGGUCUUUACACUGUCUCGGAAACCCUUCUCAACACCCUAACAGAGUUGUCUAAUGAACAAUUGGCCCAGUUGCGACCUGUUUAUCCCACUGUGCCAGAAACGCCGUCAAUAACAACAGGAAAAAAGAAAGAUGUCGUUUUCCUCAUCGAUGGAACAACUGCGAUGCGUAGUGAUUUCCCAGCUAUACGCGAUAUGAUUCAGAGGGUGGUGGAGAAGUUAGAUAUUGGCUUAGACAAGGUGAGAGUUGCGGUGGUUCAGUACAGUGAAGACCCCAAGUUAGAGUUCCUCCUCAAUGAGCACUCCACCAAGGAAGAGGUUCGCCAGGCAGUAAGGAGAAUCCGAAGCAAAGGUGGCAGAGUGCUGAAUACUGGUCAAGCCCUGAACUAUGUCACAAAAAACAUCUACCAGAGAUCAGCUGGCAGCCGCAUUGAAGAGCGCGUGCCUCAGUUUCUCAUCUUAGUGACUGGAGGAAAGUCAAACGACGACGUAGCUGACCCCGCCAGUCAACUGAAGCUGAAUUUGGUGGCUCCUCUGGCAGUUGGAUCAGGCAGUGCUGAUUCUGAGGAGCUGAAACUUAUCUCAUUGGCUCCAGAACAGGCGUACAUAAUCCGAGACUUCCAGCAACUACCAUCAGUGGAGCAGCAGCUUUUGGCUACAGUAAAUACUAUGACCACUGAGGAAAUCAUCACACGUGUGCAAAAUCAGAAUAUAGGACUCAAUCUGGGAAAAAAAGACAUCAUCUUCCUCAUUGAUGGAUCCGACAGUGUUGGGGCAAGCGGAAUUGCACACAUCCGUGACUUCAUCGUAAAAAUAGUCCAGCAGCUCAAUGUGAGGCCUGAUCAGGUGCGUGUGGCUGUGGUACAGUACGCCGAAAAACCCCGGACUGAGUUUUCACUCAGAACCCACGACAACAAACAGUCAGUCCUCUCAGCCGUGAAGAGGCUGCGGCAGGUAGGCGGGCGUGGAGGGAACCUGGCGGAGGCUAUCGACUAUGUGAUCAGAAACGAGCUAAAGGAAUCUGCAGGAGCGCGGCGUACGGAGGCCUCUCAACAUCUGGUGGUGCUCACAGGUGGACGGUCCACCUCUGACGUCUCUGCCUACGGUCCGAUACUCAAAUCCUCUCAGGUGAACUGUAUAGGAAUUGGUGCUGGGGCAGCAGAUCAACGCCAACUCAAACAGAUUACAACCACAACAGAGGACCUCAUACAGGUACCCACAUUCCCAGCCCUACCCACCAUCCAGGACAGGUUUAUUGCCAGACUGAAUGGAACAAUUAUAGUGGAACUUCCACCAACUCCAGGACCCAUCCCUGGUCCGAAGGCCAAAGUUGCUGACAUUGUCUUUUUGGUCGAUGGCUCAAUAAAUCUUGGGAAAGACAAUUUCAAAGAGGUCAUGGAGUUUAUCGUCAACCUUAUUGACCUUUUCUUCACUGAACAAGACAAUCUUCAGAUUGGCCUGGCACACUAUGCCUCAGAUGUGACUGAUGUUUUCUAUCUUAAUACAUAUAAUAACAAGGAUGACAUCAUCAACGCCAUUGGCCGAGCAGAGUACAAAGGAGGUCGGAGGAUUAAUACCGGUAACGCCAUCAAACACAUUCAACAAGCGCACUUUGUGAAGGAGAAAGGAAGUCGGAAGGAUGAAGGUGUCCCUCAGAUCCUGAUGAUAGUCACCGGUGGACGUUCUCAGGAUGAUGGUAAAUCGGCAGCACUCGGCCUUAAAGCUACUGGCGUGCGGAUUUAUGCGGUUGGUGUUGGUGAUAUUGAAGAUGAGCUGAAUGAUUUGGGCAGUGAGACGACAACUGUGGCCCGGGCCAGCACCUUCCAGGAGCUGUCUGAGCUGAAUGAACAAAUUUUGGAAACCCUUGAUGAUGAAAUCAUGGGAAUUAAACUGUGUACGGGAGUGAAGGAUACUGCAAAGGCUUGCAACUUGGAUGUCCUCGUGGGCUUUGAUGUGUCGUCACAGAACAUCUUUUCGGCUCAGAGGUCUUUGGAGUCCAAGAUGGCCGGCAUCUUACAGAGAAUUACUCAGAUACAGGGGAUCAGCUGCUCUGGCGGUCAGGCCCCAUCAAUUCAAGUUGGUCUGUUGGCGAUGGACUCCGCCUCUGAGCCGGUUCAUCUGGACUUUACUGAUAACCAUUCUCAGCUCAUGGAGUCCUUCAGGGCUCUGCGCAGCCGUGGACCGUUUGUCCUUAACGGGAAAACUAUUGACGCGUAUACUGCAAGGUUCAGGAGCCAAGCUUCAGAUAGAGUCAAGGUUGUAAUCCACCUGACGGAUGGAUUGGAUGCACAGUAUAACAUCUUGAAAGAGCGAGUUGAGCAAAUGCGGAUUGCAGGAGUCAAUGCCUUCGUCUUAGUUGCACUGGAGAGGGUUCCCCGGUUCGAGGAUGCAGUACUUCUGGAAUUUGGAAGGGGUUUUAGAUACACUCGACCUCUGCGCGUCAAUCUAAUGGACUUGGACUAUGAACUUCUGGAGGAAUUGGACAACAUCGCUGAACGAGAAUGCUGCUCUGUGCCCUGCAAGUGCACCGGUCAGAGAGGAGACAGAGGAGCCGUCGGGCUUCCUGGAUCAAAGGGGUUGCCAGGUGGUCAGGGCUACAGAGGGCAUCCUGGUGAUGAAGGUGGACCGGGAGAACGGGGCCCUCCAGGUGUGAAUGGGACUCAAGGUUUCCAAGGGUGUCCUGGACCAAGAGGUGUAAAGGGUGCACGUGGAUACAAUGGUGAAAAGGGAGAAAUAGGAGAAAUUGGUUUGGACGGCAUUAACGGGGAAGAGGGCAAAAGUGGAGUUGCAGGCCCACCAGGAGAUCGGGGCAACCCCGGACGACGGGGUCCUAAAGGUGCCAAAGGACAAGCAGGAGAUGUGGGCCAGACCGGUAUACGUGGGGAUCCGGGAACAACAGGAAAGGACAACAAUCAGAGAGGACCUAAGGGAGACCCAGGCGAUGCUGGGCCACCGGGAGAGCCUGGCGAGGACGGCAGGAGAGGAGGUGCAGGAGAACCAGGGAGACGGGGUGCUGAUGGUAGACGGGGUCCACCUGGACAAGCUGGAGCUGCCGGAAGGCCAGGUGAGGGUGGUCUUCCUGGAGAACCUGGAAUUGGAGGGUCUCGGGGUCCCAGUGGACCAAUCGGAGCCCCAGGAAUCAGGGGAGAAGACGGCAACCCUGGACCGAGAGGUGCUGGAGGAGCUCAGGGACCACCCGGAGAGAAGGGCAGACGAGGAGCUGUUGGCCGCAAGGGUGAACCUGGCGAUCCUGGACCUAAAGGUGCCGUAGGACCACUGGGACCCAGAGGAGAACCUGGGGACGACGGCCGAGAUGGAUUCGGAAUAUCCGGCCCUAAAGGGAGAAAGGGUGAUGAAGGUUUUCCUGGAUAUCCUGGUCCAAAGGGAGCAGCCGGUGAGCCCGGAACCAAAGGAGAACCUGGUCCCAAAGGAAACAGUGGACAGAGAGGUGUUGCUGGUGGAAUUGGUGACCCUGGACAGAAGGGAGAUGUUGGCUACCCUGGACCUUAUGGCCAGAAAGGACCUAGAGGCCCGGGCGUGGUGGCCUCAACUCAGUGUGACCUCGUCAAGAAAAUCAGGGAUAACUGCCCCUGCUGUUAUGGAGCUCAGGAGUGCCCGCUCUACCCCACUGAGCUGGCAUUUGCCAUGGACGCAUCAAGUGGCGUUUCACGAGCAGCUUUUAAUAAUAUGAAAGAAACCGUGCUGCGCCUGGUGCGAAACAUCACCAUCACAGAGAGCAACUGUCCACGAGGAGCUCGAGUGGCUCUUACUCUCUACAACAGCGAGGUGACCACCGAAAUCCGAUUCGCAGACGCCCUGAAGAAGCGAGUUCUGGUGGAGCGAGUGGAGAGCCUGCAGGCCCAGCAGACCAACAAGCAGCGCAGUCUGGAGACCGCCAUGAACUUUUUGGCACAAAACACCUUUAAACGUGUGCGCAGCGGCUUCCUGGUGCGCAAAGUGGCUGUUUUCUUCGUGAGCGGAAAGGUCAAUCCCACACCCGAGUUCAGCGCUGCUGCACUGCGGCUUUACGACGCUGGAAUCUCCUCCCUGUUCCUAUUGGCCAGCGAGGAUCGCCCACUCGCUCGAGCCCUGCAGAUCAAUAACACUGCAAUUGCCCAGGUUAUAGUCCUACAAUCUCCUGGAAGCACCGCUUACAACACAGCCAUCAACAAGAUAAUGAACUGCCACGUCUGCCUGGACUUCUGCGCUCCUGCUCAGAUAUGUGACUUCGAACCGCCCACCAGCACCAGGGGCCGAAGGGCAUCCGUCACCGACCUGGACAUUGACAUGGCUUUCCUCAUCGACAGUUCCGAGAGCACCUGGCCCACCGUCUUCACAGAGAUAAAACAGUACCUCGCUCAUGUGGUGGAUCAGCUGGAGAUCUCUGCAGACCCGGCCACGACCAUGCAUCACGCUCGAGUGGCGCUGGUCCAGCACGCACCGUACGAGUACCUACACAACAACAGCGGCAUCCCCAUCAGCAUCGGAUUCGGCUUAACCGACCACAAGUCAUCACAGGAUGUCCAGAGCUUCCUCUUGGACAAACUGUACCAGUUGGAAGGCGGCCGCGCCCUGGCGGCGGCCCUCGAGAGCACCGUGGAGAAUGUGUUCGAGAAGGCGCCGUACCCUCGCCACCUGAAGGUGCUGAUGCUGCUGGUGACCGGGCCAGUGGAGGAGGAGGAAGAGAGGCUGGUGAAGGCCGCCACUGAGGUUAAAUGCAAAGGUUACUUCAUCGUGGUGAUCAGAAUCGGUAAUCCGAUCCCUGCUGGAGACGCCCGUGUCCUCGCCCAGGUGGCUAGUGAACCUUCAGACGUCUUCUACAAGAAUGCAGAUGGACCAUUGGGCUUCUACGACAGUCACCUUCAGAUGUUUGCCCAACUGCUGCCCAAGUACCUCAGCCUGGAGAACGCCUUCUACAUGUCCCCUCACGUCUCCAAAAAAUGCCAGUGGUAUCAGAGUGACCAGCCAGGCAAAGUGCCUUUCAGAUCAGUACACUUGCAUGAGAAGAGCCACAAACAUGAAGGACAGCAAGAGGUCCAUGGAGAAAAACAUAAAGAUGUAAAAGCAGAAGAGCUGCACCUGGUUAACGUCACCUCCACGGGCUUCGCCUUGACCUGGGUCAGUGAUGACCCCCAGGCCACUCAUGAGGUCACGGUCACCCGCCUGCAAGAUCACAGCCUGGUGUUGCGCAAGAAUGUGACAGACAAGCAUUUAACACUCGAUCAGCUGGAAGCUGCCCAAACCUAUCACGUAGUUAUCACUGUCCGCAGCGUACAGGGACACGUCACCAGGAUCUUCAAAGGCAUCGUUACCACAAAAGCAGCAGAGGUGAGAGAUGUUCCUGGUGCUGAAGCGACGGGGAUGGUGUCCACCGCACCACUGAGUAAACCAGAAAUCGACCUAUGCUCACUUGACUAUGACAGUGGACUACCGUGCAAAGACUAUGACGCUAAGUGGUACUUUGACAAAAAGAACGGAUUCUGUACCCAGUUCUGGUAUGGAGGUUGUGGAGGCAAUGACAAUAGGUUCGAGACUGAGGCACAGUGCCUCAAACGCUGCAUGAACACAGUUCUGGAGCCACAGCCUCUACAGGCGGACGAGGGCAGACCUGAGGGUCAUUCUGCUCCAGGGGUGGACAUAUGUAAGCUGCCCAAAGAGGAAGGCACCUGUAUCAAGUUUGUGUUAAAAUGGUUCUAUGACUCUGUCAGUAACAGCUGUACCCGCUUUUGGUACGGUGGCUGCGGUGGCAACCUGAACCGCUUUAACACUCAGGAGGAGUGUGAGAAAGAAUGUGGAAAAGGAGCACAUGUGAAACAGGUGCCCGUCAUUGCUGCAGUGAGAACAUAGGGAUACACUGAUGAAGAUUCAACACUCGCCUCUGCUGCGAAAAAGCACCAAAGCCAAGAUGCCUGCACUGGAUUCUGCCAAAGGAAAACCUUUGAAGUAAUACUUUUCCACAAAAGGAGAAAACGGCCAAAUGUGUUGCUGCAUGAUAUUUUCGAACUGGUGCUAUAUAGUGGAUUUUUAGUGUCUAAACAGUAAAACUUCCAGGAUGAAAGAGAUUGUCUUUGUUUUGUUUUGUUUUAUUUUCAUUUGUUUUUGUUUAUGUUCUCCACAGGAGUUUGCAGUUUUAUAGAAAAAGCCAUGUAUGAAUGUGAUAAGAGCAUAUCAGUAAACCUGUUUUGUUAUAGAGCAGGAUGUUCAGCCUGGUUGUCAAUCCAUAGAGUAAAUUUAACUCUCAAAACCAUUCCAGAUUUUACACCCUCGUUUUACUUCCACUGCUGCUUUUAAGAGUCAUUUAUUUUUUAUUUUUUUGGUUUGACUUGUCACAUGCUGGGACCGCUCUCACUCAUAAAAGCUGUUUUUCAUUUAAAGAAUCCACAUUGAUGUUUACACAUCAAACUGAAUCUGGCAACGCUAAAAACUCUAAAUUACGAUGACUGUCACUUCUUUUGCCAGUGAAGAUCAUUCUUUCCUUUUAAAGGAAAUUCUUUGGAACCACUGUCUCAAAACACAGAUGUGCGGGUAAAAAAGAAAACACUUUAUUUGCAUAGCCCACUGAAAAUACUCACAUACACAUGCAUUCAAUAUCAUAUACCCUUUACCAUUUUGACCUUUACUUUCCCCUGUUCUGAAAUACAUAACAAUCACAUGAACAGACUAAACAGGCUGAACAUGGGGCGAGGGAGGGGCACUACUUUUUUUUUGUUGUUGUUUGUUUUUAACUUUGUGUUUUCAGUAGAGAUGGAAUGGAAAAACAUGAAUAAAUGAAGUCUUUAUAUUAAA